AUGCGACAAAUCCUGGUUUUUCUCCGAAUUCUGGUUUGUCUUCACUGCAAAUAUGAUGUUUUGAGUGCAAAACGACCGUAUCUCGUGCCGAUUCGAGCGAUUUGUAUUCAUUAACACUGAAUAAAGGAAAUGGUCGAAUCGCUGCGGCCCUCGAGUUUUAUUUUGAAUUCAGCCCUCUAAAUUUGAUAAGGAAUGUGAUUGCGAACAUUUUAAUUUUUCAGAAAUCCUCGAGAAACAGGGAGAAGAAGACCGAGAGAAGUGCCAAUUACGCGGAAAAGAACACGAGAGCAUCUGUGCGUCGGGCUGGAAGCGCUAAAGCGGAACGGAAGCUGAGCACGGCUGCGGUCGCCGUGGCACUCGGAUCCUACUCCACUAUUCCGACGUCGACCGUGACUAUCCAGGAUCAACCGUCUUAUUACUAUCCGUACGCGGCUGGACUUAUGAUGGGUAAUAAAUGUGUCCCACUCUCGUUUGACAAUAUCCAUUGUGUUACAGAUCCUAGCCAAAUCUAUAACAUUGGCUACUCGACAACUCUCUUCAGACCCGACGUGAGUAUGACGCUGUUCGGAAAUUCAUCGCUUGCCCCAAGACCGGUUGAGUACUUUCCCAUUCUCCCUUCUUCGUCCGAAUUGAACUCUUUCUCCUCUGUCGCUUUUCCCAUAAGCUUUCCUCGAAGGUACUGUUGUUCUCAUACAAUGAUUUGUUUUCAGAAUAUCCAAGUGCACGUGAUGCCGGUGCAGGACGAGGAGACCAAGAAUGCGGUCAUGGACUUGGAAGCCGUUGAUGCGGAGUCAUAA